CGAGAUUAGGUCUGUGACGUCGUGAUUAUCUGUCGGGCAGAAGCCAAGGAGCUAGGCAGUACCGGCGUUCCGGGACGCUGAAGCUGCUAUACCGGGCUGCGGGUUGUGUAAAGGAAAAAAAAACAAAAUAGGGCCUGUCCCGUGAAAAGCUGGACUAUUGGACCCAGCUCAGCCCAAGACUUCAUCUGAAACCACAGUUCAUUUUUCUCCAGCAUUAUAUUCCCUAAGUGCCAAGUAAAGUUACUCACUCAUAAACAGCAAGUUUGGUGUUGAUUAACCUCUUAACUAUGCAAUGUUGUCUCAAAAUUCUAUGCCACAGCAUCAGCCCAGUUUAGUAAAUACAAAUCAUUUGUCCCAUAAGUUUUACCAUAAUCCGUCACCAGGUCAUGAUAUUCCAGCUUCACAAAAAACAGCUGAAGGGGUAGGUCUUUCUGCCACCCAGGGGCCUCCUGGUGUUUUACAACCAUACCCAGCAUUUAGUGGCGACUACAGCUAUGCGUCUUAUCCUGCUAACUCCUCAUAUACACCUCAGGGAUUACCUAAUUAUUCUGAUCGCAUUUCUUCAACUGUGUCUAGUCAACACUAUUCAGGAGCUCAGUACACAAACUUGCCUGCUAGCACACAGUAUGGUCAAGUGAUAUACUCCCACAAUGUUCAUGCAGUUGCUCAAGUGACAAAUACAGUCCAAAACGUGCACGCAUCUGGUCCCCCUUCUCUACUUCAUCAGGACUUAAAGAGGCACAAUGCAGCCCCUCUGCCCACUGUAGAACAACAUGGUGCCCAGGAUGUUCACAUGCAGAAUUAUGGAGUAUCUUUUGGACAACAGAAUAUUAAUUCAGCCCAUUCUGUUGCUGACGGCCAGUCGCCAAGGCCUGAAGCUAAAACAUCUCCUGUAUCCUUACAUCAUUCUGCAUUACAAGAAGGCAUGCAGUUUGGUGGAUAUAAUCACGCUAAUUGUGCACCAACUCCCUCUUCAUCUAGUUCAGAUGAUGAGGAGGAGGAGGAUGAUGAGGAAGCAGGUUUUGAAAGCUCCUCAACAACCAGCACAGCAUCCCUAGAGCCUAAGAAUUAUGAUGUUUUAGAAGGAGGAUGUUAUACAGAACCAUCUUCAACAACCAGCACACCAGCAUUUUUGAAUCCUGUUUCACAAUCAUCCAAGCAGACCAAGCCGUUUGGCCACGGAUACCCAACUCUUCAACCUGGUUACCAGAAUGCUGCUCCACCUUCACAUAGCUCUCAGUCCAGUACUCCAGUACAUCGGCCUAGCUAUCAGCAAUAUAAUUCUAAUUACAGUGGAUUGAAUCAGCUGCCUGCCUCCCUUGGAGGAUUAAGCCUUCAACAGGCUCAGCAGCCAGAAGGCCCGCGUCCUGUAAACCUUAUACAAGAUCGAAAUCUCCUUCCUGUAUUGAAUGUGCCGGCUCCAAUUCCAAACCUAAAUUCAGAUCUUAAAAGGUUAAACUGCAACCCCAAUUCAUUUAGGUCUACACUGACAAAUAUUCCACAGACACAAGCUCUCUUGAACAAAGCUAAACUUCCUUUAGGAUUACUAAUUCAUCCCUUCAGAAGCAAACCGCGAAUACCAGUCUUGUCUCCUAGUACCAUUGUAAGGUGCAGGUCUUGCAGAACUUAUAUUAAUCCCUUUGUAUCGUUUAUUGACCAGAGGAGGUGGAAAUGCAACCUGUGCUACAGAGUAAAUGAUGUACCAGAGGAAUUUAUGUAUAAUCCAGUGACUCGAUCUUAUGGUGAGCCUCACAAACGUCCAGAGGUCCAGAAUGCAUCUGUGGAGUUUAUUGCAUCAUCUGACUAUAUGCUACGGCCUCCACCACCGGCAGUAUAUCUGUUUGUUCUGGAUGUUUCAUACAAUGCUGUAGAAUCUGGAUACUUAAAGGUCUUCUCUCAGUCUCUUCUGGAUAAUUUGGACAAGUUACGAGGAGAUUCCCGAACAAAAAUAGGAUUUAUUACUUUUGAUAGUACUGUUCAUUUUUACAAUUUACAAGAAGGCCUAUCUCAGCCCCAGAUGUUGAUUGUUACGGAUAUUGAAGAUGUUUUCUUACCUACACCUGAUGGUUUGCUUGUAAAUAUGCAUGAAAGCAAGGAGCUCAUCAAGGAUCUGUUAACUGCUUUGCCCAGCAUGUUUGCCAACACAAAAGAAACCCACAGUGCUCUAGGUCCUGCCCUUCAAGGAGCUUUCAAAUUGAUGUCUUCUACAGGAGGCCGGAUUUCAGUUUUUCAAACUCAGCUGCCAUCUAUAGGAGCAGGACUUUUGCAGUCAAGAGAGGACCCAAAUCAAAGAUCAAGUACUAAGGGUGUGCAACAUUUGGGCCCAGCCACUGACUUUUAUAAGAAACUAGCGCUGGACUGCUCAGGACAACAAACUGCUGUGGAUUUGUUUUUGUUAAGUUCCCAGUACUCUGACCUUGCCUCACUAGCUUGUAUGUCAAAGUAUUCUGCAGGAUGUGUAUAUUACUAUCCCAUGUACCAUCAUACCCAUAAUUCAGCACAGACAGAAAAGUUAAAGAAAGAUCUUGAUCAUUAUCUCACAAGAAAGAUUGGAUUUGAAGCGGUAAUGAGAAUACGAUGUACUAAAGGUCUCUCGAUACACACUUUCCAUGGGAAUUUAUUUGUACGUUCUACUGAUCUUCUGUCACUUGCUAACAUUAAUGAAGAUGCUGGUUUUGCAGUACAAAUGUCCAUUGAGGAAAGCCUGACUGACACGUCUCUUGCUUGUUUUCAAGUUGCACUACUUUAUACAUCUCACAAAGGUCAGCGUAGGAUUCGCAUUCAUACUUUGUGCUUGCCUGUUGUAAAUUCACUGCCUGAUGUGUUUGCUGGAGCAGAUGUGCAAGCUGUUACUUGCCUUUUGGCAAAUAUGGCUGUAGACCGGUCAGUUUCCUCAAGUCUUUCUGAUGCACGAGAUGCUUUAGUAAAUGCGGUAGUCGAUUCAUUGGCAUCCUACAAUUCGACACUUUCAAACCUUCAGCAGUCAACACUGAUUUCACCAAAUGCUCUCAGAAUGUUUGCACUCUAUAUAUUGGCACUACUGAAACAGAAAGCCUUCCGGACUGGCACUAGUACGCGCCUGGAUGAUAGAGUCUUUGCGAUGUGUCAAAUGAAAUGUCAGCCAGUUGUCCAUCUGAUGAAGAUGAUUCAUCCAAACCUAUACAGAAUAGACAGGCUUACCGAUGAGGGUGCUAUCCUUGUAAAUGACAGCGUUGUUCCACAACCUCCUCUUCAGUCUUUAUCAGCAGAAAAACUGUCAAGGGAAGGGGCAUUCCUUAUGGAUUCUGGUUCAUCUCUCUACAUUUGGAUAGGAAGGAAUUGUUCAAAUACCUUUUUAAGUGAUGUUCUUGGAUUUCAAAACUAUGCAUCGGUUCCACAAAAAUUGGCCUGUCUCCCAGAUUUAAACACAACAGCAUCAGAAAGACUGAGAAACUUUAUUUCAUGGCUGAAAGAAGAUAGUCCAUUAAACCCUGUUCUGCAUGUGAUAAAGGAUGACAGUGCAGCAAAGACUGACUUCUUCCAACAUUUAAUUGAAGACCGAACAGAAGCUGCAUUUUCAUACUAUGAGUUUCUUCUUCAUAUUCAGCAGCAAGUUUGCAAAUGAAGAUGCAAUACAGAAAUACAGUGAAGAAGAAGGUUCUCAAGAAUAUUGUGGUUUAAAUGGAACCUGACAAAGAAAGCAAUGUAUGAAGAAAGAGCAAGUCCGUUAUGACAAGUCUCAUGUUAUGAGACAAAACAUUACAGAGGAGACAGAGUAUAGCUUCAGUUCUAUGCAGGUUUAUGUAUGUUGAGUUAUGUAGCAUUAUGGUGCUGUGGUCAGUUUAUGAAGGCAGGUUCUUCCUUGCAAGGAGAAUUAGCAAAAACUUUAUUACUAAUAUAUCUUUCCUUCCGAAAUAAGAGAUGCCAAAGACCAUUUGUACCGUAAACAUUUUAAAUAACUUAUUUAUGAUAUUUGGCAUCCUUGACCCGGAAGAUUAGACUUAGAUGACUUAUAUUGAGAUAAAAAUAAUUAAAAUGUAAAUAGAUUUGUAUUUGUAAAGUAAAUGUAAAAAUGUAACUACUGAAGGUCUGCCGCUGAACUAAAUGUAGAACCAUUAUACGUCCAGCUGAGGUUUGCUUAUGUCUAGGAAGUGAAACGUUUAUCAGAACCCAGAUGCUCUUCUCUUUCUGUUACAACUUUUCUGUGAAUAUAUUUAUGACUGGCAUAUUAAUUAAAAUAUUUUACUUGAUAAUGUGUUUUUAUACCUAAGUCAUAGCUAUUUUAACUUUACGUAAAAUAUACACACAUAAUAUAUUCUAAUCUACACUUUCUGUUUGAGUAAACAUUUUAAUCCUG